UACAACAGCACAAAGAACUUCCCUACCAGUAAAGAAAGGUAUCUCUGAAUUCACUUCUUGAAACGUUGCUCGACUCCCCAACAAUCAGUUACUAUUCUCAAUCUUUCAUCUCUGCACCCAGUAUCCCACCCCACACUCCCCGAUCAACUUACAGUUAUGGAGAGAGAAUCUGCUGCCCUCUAUGCUUCAAUGGUUACUGCAAUUUUGUUUCUUCAAUCAACCAUAAUUCCAGGAGCUGAAGGCACUCUUGGAGUGAAUUAUGGUACAGUGGCAAACAACCUUCCUCCACCAGCACAAGUUGCAAAUUUUCUUGUAGAAUCCACCAUUAUAAACCGGGUUAGGCUAUUUGAUACCAAUAGGGAAAUAUUACAAGCAUUUGCUCAUACUGGGAUUGAAGUAACAGUCACAGUCCCUAAUGAUCAAAUCCCCCGCCUAACCAAGCUAAACUUUGCUCAACAAUGGGUAAAAUCCAAUAUCCAACCUUAUGUGCCCGCCACGAAUAUCAUCCGAAUCUUAGUUGGAAAUGAAGUAAUAUCAACUGCAAACAAAAUGCUGAUUGCAGGCCUUGUUCCGGCAAUGCAAACACUCCAUACAGCCCUUGUUGGAGCAUCAUUAGAUCGCAAAAUCAAAGUUUCUACCCCUCAUUCUCUUGGCAUUCUCUCCACUUCAAGCCCACCGUCCACCGGAAAAUUUCGACAAGGCUAUGAUGUUCAUGUGCUUAAACCGUUGCUUAGCUUCCUCAGAGACACCAAUUCACCUUUCAUGAUCAACCCAUAUCCAUUUUUCGGAUGUUCUCCUGAUACUCUUGAUUAUGCACUAUUCAGGCCUAAUGCUGGAGUGAUGGAUGAUAACACCAAACUUAUGUACACAAACAUGUUAGAUGGGCAGCUUGAUGCAGUCUUUUCAGCAAUCAAGCUCCUUGGUUUUACUGACAUUGAUAUAGUCAUAGCCGAAACCGGAUGGCCAUCUAAGGGAGAUUCAUUACAACUUGGUGUAGAUGCAGACAGUGCAGCUCACUACAAUGGAAAUCUCAUGAAACAUGUAACAUCUGGUUCUGGCACUCCUUUGAUGCCAAACCGGACAUUCGAGACUUACAUUUUCGCACUUUUUAAUGAAAAUCUCAAGCCUGGACCUACCUGUGAGCGCAAUUUCGGAUUGUUCCAACCAGACAUGACUCCUGUGUAUGAUAUCGGAAUCCUCCGGCCCACGGCUAGUUCAUCGAUUCCAAAGAACCCCACCCCAGUGCCGAUGGUUGCACCGCCGGCGAGCUCGGAUCCUGAAGGGAAACGGUGGUGCCUUCCAAAAACAGGAGCAGAUACAGAGGCUCUACAAAGAAACAUUGAUUAUGUAUGUGGGUUGGGAGCGGAGUACUGUGAACCUAUUCAAGAUAAUGGUAAGUGCUUCCUUCCUAAUACAGUUAGGGCACAUGCAGCAUUUGCCAUGAAUGCUUACUAUCAAGCCAAUGGAAGGAAUGCUUAUGACUGCGAUUUUGAACAGACUGGAGCAAUCAGCAGCGUCGAUCCGAGCUUUGGAGAUUGCAAGUACUGAACUUACGAUGAAUACCCUAGAAGAACUUUGGUAUGGAAUAGCAUUGAAGUUAUGGAAAUUUAAAACACACUAAUGUUUUUUCUCCUCUACAAUUUCCCCUUUUUUCUUAUAAGAGAAAAGUUGAAUAUGAACUAAAAACGAAUGAGUUGUUACAACGUGCAA